AUGCAAUCGGAAGGCAGCAGGCGGUCGACAGCCACUCCGUCAGGCUCCAAACUCACUCCAUCAUACCUCAUGGCCGAACAGCAGCUGGCCAACAACAGCUUACGCUUGCGGCCCUUCCAAUAUCAGGCGCUGGAUCCGGCCAAAAAGGAAUUCCGCCUUAUCGAAUUAGCACCUCUUGAGACUGAAGACCUAGAAUUUACACCAAGUCAUGAGCCAACCGUUCGAUGUCGCUUGAAGCACGCCAGUCUCCAUGAGUGGCAUUGCUACACGGCGGUUUCCUACGCUUGGGGAGACGCCAAUACGACAAAGGGCAUCCUAGUGAAUGAUCAGUGGGUUCAAGUUACCACGAAUCUGGAAUCAGCCUUGAGACAUUUGGCUCCUCAGCAAAGCGGUACUGAGCAGCAAAGUUCAACAUUUUGGGUUGACGCGGUGUGCAUCAACCAGCAGAACGAAGCAGAGAGAACCCAACAAGUGGCUUAUAUGAAGGAAAUCUAUCAGAACGCUACAGAAACCUUCAUAUGGUUAGGCCCUGCGAGCGUGGAUAGCGAUCUUGCGAUGGACACCCUGCGCGAGCUGGACAAGGUGGUUGAUAUGGAGGAGUUUGGCUUCCAGUCUUGGUCCGAGUUUCCUUUCGCCGAGACUGCUGGCGUGCCGAUGGUGAAUCGUGUCCAAAACAUCCUCAAAGGGGUAAUUGAGGAGCUUUGUUGCAACGACUUUGCGAGACUGAAGGCUGUUGGCUCUUUAUUUGAGCGAUCCUGGUUCCAGCGCGUGUGGGUAAUACAGGAACGCGUGCUGUCAACAGACUGCAUCGUCUGUUGUGGGAAUACUUGGACCUCGUGGGAUACGUUCUACGACGGAUUCUGGAUGUUAUGUGGCGUACGCGACUACCUGAACAUCGUCGGCCCGGGAACUGGAAGGUCAGACAGCUCUGCACUGGUGAGCUUUCUCACGGCGGCCCUGGACAGAGUAACCCCGGUGGCCUUCACUCGUCUCAAUUCCCCACUCUUGACCCUUUUCUCCCUGUUGUCCAGGAUGGCGAAAAAGGCUCAGCUUCAGGCUUCUGAUCAACGAGACUACGUUUUUUCGCUGUUGGGUUUGAUUGAUCCGGAGUCUGGUCCGUCGAUACAGGCCCAAUACAACAAGGAUUGGAAAACGGUUCGGACAGAGGUGGCCAAAGCCUGUCUAACUUUCUAUGGCCCGGUGAUUCUAUCAUUCGCUGGGUUGAGACAGCUGCAAAGCAAACCGGCAUGGGCGCCCGACUGGUCCUCGAAACACCUGGCGCAACCAUUACACACGCCUUCACUUUUUGUCGUGCGAGGCAAGAACAGAGAAAAGGCUUACACAGCAUCUGCAGGCCUUUCUCAGUCUCUUUCAGAAGCAUUCUCGGAGGCGGGCGUCCUAUCGUUGAAGGCAUUACGAGUAGGCGAGAUUGUCAAACGAGGAGAUCCCUUUCCAAAUAUGAGUGUCGGCACACCAGAUGCGACACGAGCCGCAAUCUUCAACUCAUGGCUUGACGACUUUGAUCUCAUCCUGCCAGGUCCUAAUGAGGUAUACAAGACUGAUGAAGAGCUGCGCGAGGCCUUGUGGAGAAGUCCAAUCGCAGAUCGAGAGUUCGCGUACAACUGGGAAACGGAACGGGCAUCCAGGGAAAUGUUCCUGGCCUAUCAGGCUCUCCGCCGAGGCGAGCUCUCUGAGGGUCUAAAGUACAUGAAUGUGGCCAGUGCAAAAUUGGAUGGGAGACGUCCCUUCAUAACUGAUAGAGGUUAUGUAGGGCUUGCACCAUUGGAAGCUUCU